AUGCAACAAAAAACAUCACUACUCGUCCUUCUUGCCAAUGCGGCUGCUGUCCACUCAAUUGGCAUCCGAGCUUCCGAGUGUAAAGACGUCCACGUCUUUCUCGCAAAGGGAAAUAACGAGCCCUACCCAGGACGGCAGGGCGUAUUGGUCAAAGCCAUUUGCGACGGCUAUAAGAGCUGCGACUACGAAGACAUCAUCUUCAACAACCCCCUCGAAGCACCUUUUUGCGACUCAGUCACCGAGGGUGUCGUCAAUGGCAAGAAGCAGAUCACGGAAUACAACAAGAAAUGUCCCAAAUCAAAGCUCGUCGUCAGCGGUUACUCGCAGGGUGGACAGGUCGUCGGUGAUAUCCUUGGCGGUGGUGGAGGUGUUUUCUUCCAAGGUUGUGUCGAGGACAAGAUCGCCGGCUUAAGCCCCGAUUCUAGGCCCGGUAGCAGCAUCGUUGCGGCUAUGGUGUUCGGCGAUACUCGGCACACAGCGGAUCAGCCAUACAAUGUUCUCUCAGGCGUUAGCAAGAACGGCCUCUUCCCUCGCCCCGCAGACCAGCUUGCCAACUUAGCAAGCUACGGUGAUGUGUUCCACGCGUAUUGCGUUGCGACAGACCCCAUCUGCGCGCAGGGCAAGGACGUAAAGACGCAUCUCAACUACUUUGAUGUUUUCACAGACGAAGCUGCCGAUUGGGUCAAGGAGAGAGUCGAGAAGGCUGGUGGUGCUGCUGAGGCGGACGACGAACAGGGCUCGACUGCUGCGGCUAGCGCUACCACCAAGACAAAGGUCACCACAGUUGAGGUCACAACGACAAUGGCAUCUGAGACAAAGGCUACAACAAUGGUUGUCACCAAGACUGAAGCUUCAGAAACCGACGAUGCUGCCUCUUCUACAACAGACGGCCUCAGCGCUGUGGUGACGUCGUUGGUCGAUGCUGCGUCGUCAGUUGCCCCAGCGGCAGCAGAGGCGUCGUCGACAUCGACAGAUAACGCAGCCGCACCAACAGGAGUCCCUCUCGCGGGGAUGAUCAUGGGCGUUGCAGCUCUUUUGGCGAUCUAA